AUGCCUCAAUGCCCUGAGUGCGAGAAGGUUCUACGUACCGAAAACGGUGUCAGGAAACAUCUAGCAACGUGCCAAGCAGCCCAUGAUGCUCGCAAGAGAGCGUAUGGCGCUGCUGCUGAUCUCGGCUCACCCACCAAGCGUCGAAGACAGGCGUCUCCGAGCUCGGAAGAGCCUUCCGCUGGUCCGUCUCGUGUGUACACGGCUAUGAGCAGCCUUUCAUACGGGCAGGAUCAUGAAGAACAGACAAACUACAGUGAGAAUGCUAAGGUAUGCCCUGAGACUGCAUCUGUAGUCUCCGUGCACGAAGCAGAAACUCAGUCAUCUCUACCUCUGGAAUAUGUCUCCAAGCGCUCUGGGCGCACGGUACGAAUGCCGGCUCACUUUCAAGACCUUAUACCGAGCAGCACGACGCACCUCGCUCACAUGCCGCUAUCCUCACGCCAGAAUAACGAGCGUGCUAUCACACCUCCUCCUCCACCUUCUCCGAGCUCGGAAUCGCCUCCUCCGCCUGUAGAGGCGGUCAACCACACUACAGAAGAAAAUACAUUCGGGCUGUAUCGCAUAUACGAGCGAUCACCGACGCAUAUACCCGCCGACACGCUCCAAGAUGCUACAGAUGCUCCUUUGCUACAAGUAUGCUCUUCUCAGCAUUCGACUACUUCGCUUUACCUGGGUACCCCUUCUCCUGGCGAUUGGACUCUGGAUGAGGUCAUGGCCGCGUUCAAGAACCCUACCUGUGGGAUCAUGCUCGCGCAUCUUAAUGCUGGAUCAACACUCAAGUCAGAGAUCGACGCGCGGUGGCUCACCUGGCUACUCAGCCAUCCGCUGUUCAAGAAAGAAGAGCUCGUUGACUACAAGCCGCACACCAAUAACGUGCGACUAGACAAAUACCUGAAGCGAUCGGGCAAGGAGAAUAUUUUUCGUGAAGAGAAUGGCUGGAAGUCUUCGUCGGCCGACAUUCCCCUCCCUUUCGAAGGCCGUCGCAACCCUGGAGGCGAAGCAGGCGCUCCAAAGCUUACGGUCGAUGGUAUAUUUCACCAAAACAUCGUUGACAUAGCACUGGCCGCUGUUCAAGACCCAUCGACUUUUGCCGCCUUCAACACGACGCCUUUCGAACAACGAUAUCAUACUCCAGAUGGCCGCGACAUACGCGUUUACUCAGAGGCAUAUACUGCCGAUUCGGCUCUCAGAGCAUAUCGCGAGGUGAACUCACUACCACGGCAACCAGGGGACACACUCGAGCGCAUGACUAUCCUCGUCGAUCUCUAUUCGGACGGAACGCUUCUGGCGAACUUUGGCGAAGCAUCGCUCCAUCCAAUAUACAUGUUCUUUGCUAACCAGUCGAAGUAUACUCGAAGCAAGCCAACGACGCAAUCUUGCCAUCAUCUGGCAUAUAUUCCAGAUCUACCAGAUGGAUGGCAAAACACGUAUACUGAUAUAUUCAAGAAGCUACCCACAAAAGACGUCCAUACACAUAUGAGGCGUGAGCUCAUUCAAGCUGUAUGGCGGCUUUUAUUGAGCGAUAGACGUCUUCGGCGCGCAUACGAUAAGGGGAUCAUAACAACAUGUGGAGACGGCCUUGAUCGACGAGCAUUCAUCCGCUUCAAUACGAUCGCUCUUGUUACGCUUAAAUACUUGGGUAAAUUUCCCUGCCCUCGCUGCCUUAUUCCAAAGGCUCGGUUGGCAGAGAUGGGGAUGCCACGCGACAUGCGGAUGCGCUCCAAAUUUCGCAAGGACUCGGAGGAUCUCCAAGCACGCAUAGAGCUAGCUCGCAGCAGAAUAUUCAAGAAAGGUUAUUCUAUUGGUUCUAGUCGAGUGACGUCCCUCCUUAAUGACGGAUCAUACACUGCUGCAUCUAACGCAUUCUCUGAGUUCUUUCUCCCCAGAGGAGUCAACUAUUUCAGAUUAUUCCCGGUGGAUCUCCUUCACGAGGUUGAACUCGGGGUUUGGAAGACUGUACUAACUCAUCUAGUCCGAAUGUUGCUCUCGAUCGGAGGCAACGCAGUCAAGGUUGUUAAUAGCAGCUACUGUAAAGUGCCUACGUUCGGACGGGUAACUAUCCGGAAGAUUCGCAAAAACAUCUGUGCUAUGAAGAGAUUAGCAGCGCGCGAUUUUGAGGAUUUAUUACAGUGCGCGCUGCCCGUGUUCGAGGCUGUCCCAUGGCCCCACCGAGGUCAUCGGAAGGUCAUCUUAGACCUCCUUUUUGAGCUUGCCAAUUGGCACGGCCUUGCAAAAUUACGACUGCACACCGAUGAUACGCUUCGAUUACUCAGAUCCGCGACGGUCAGUCUCGGCAAAAUACUACGAGAGUUUCAGUCCGAGGUCUGUCCCCACUACGAUACACGCGAACUUCCCACAGAAACGUCUGCCCGAGGUCGCCGAGCAGUCACUCGUCUGGCUAAUCAGGCAGCUGGCUCAGGUGCUCAGGGCGCUGACGUCAAUAUUUCAUCAAGAAGUCUCCGGAAAGAGCUUAACUUGGUUAUAUACAAGUUUCACUCUCUCGGAGACUAUGUACAGACAAUCCAGGAGCACGGCACCACUGAUAACUUCUCGUCUCAGCCUGGAGAGCUCGCCCACCGUAGGCCCAAGGCUGGCUGGUUCAAGACUGGCAAGAAAGCCGAGAGUGCGGUUGAGUCUUUGACUCGUCUAGAGACCCGCGAGCGUUUUUUCCAUAAAUUCAUUGACUAUCUCAAGGCUACAUCAGACGAAGACAUGCCACAGGGUUUCUUAACAGCUGAGAAGUCUCAGCAAGUAUCGCCAGCAAAGAGCAGUCCUGAAGACCGAUACUGGGUCUCCUCGGACUCGAAGCAGUCUCUAUCUCUGUGGGACUUUAGAGACGUGUUGCACGAUGCUUUCGAUAUCGAUAAUACGGAGUUCAUGACGUGCUUCAAGUCGCACAUCCUCGACCGUCUGAUAGAGCAAAAGGACGUGCCAGACGUACUGGGUCUACCAGCGCAUUCCCCCGACAUGGACUACUCACUCCAACAGCUUGACACGCUGAUUAUCGAGAAGGACCGGAUCCACGAACAUAGGACCAUUCGAAUCAACUACACCACGUACGACUUACGGCGCGAGCAAGAUAUCCUGAACCCUCGUUCACGAACGGAUCUAAUGGUCAUGUCUGACGCAUCUGCGAGCGACGAUGUCCCGUAUCCAUACUGGUUUGCUCGACUCGUUUACACCUUUCAUGUCAAUGUCUACUUCCGCGGCGAGCGUCCUUCUGCGAGUCGACAGAUUGUUAUGCUCCUUGUCCGGUGGCUUCAGAACGAUUCGACAUACAGCUGUGGUUUUGAAGAACGACGACUACCUCGUGUUGCCUUCCACCCCCUUGGAACAUCGCAAUGCUGGGAUUUUAUUGAUCCUGCCGCUGUUAUUAGAGGUGCCCACUUAAUUCCAGCCUUCAAGUACGAGCAAACACCUGGUCCAUCAAUCCCUCGACAUAUAGGACGUCUUCACUUUGGGCCGAAGAGCCCCGAUUCAGUGAGCGAAUGGCUAUUCUAUUAUGUGAACAUAUUCGUUGACAGGGACAUGCUCAUGCGGUUUCGAGGCGGUGGCAUUGGCCACAACUUACCCCCAGAUUGGGACCGAAAACUCCUAGCAUUGACUUCGAGUGUCCCCGAGGCCGAGGAGCGCGAACUAUUCGAUGACCACCUCAGCGAUGAGGAAGAGCAAGGUGAGGAGCCUGAGGAACUCACAGAUGACAGCCGCAGCGGAGAUGGCAGCGACGAGGAUGAGGCUGAGAUGGAAAUGGAUAUUGAAGAGCAGGCGGAUGAGGGAGGUUUCUUGGGUGAGGAUGAAGCGCUCGCUAACGAGGCUGGCUUUGAUGCAUUGUAG